AUGUACAUUUCGGGGGAUUUAGGGACAUAUUUGUGGACGGCUUCACUUGGCAUGAACAUAGGUAAACACGAGGAUAGGAGUAUGACGUUAGAGGGUGAGGUGAGGAUAAUUAAGGUUGUUGAAAUGGAAGCAAACAUUUUAAAGCGGAAGGUUUAA